AUGGAUCGAGACCAGACUAAGCCACAACUUCGAGAAAGUUGCUCGUUAUCAGUACUGAAUCAACGGCAUCUAACUAUUGUUAAGAGCUCCAAAAGUUCUGAUAAUUUACAUCGUGUCGUGCUGAAUACUACUCCUCCACCACUUCGAAAAUCAUCUAUAUUUUUCAAUCUUAGGAGGUCAAGAAAACGAGAGAAAUAUAGCAAAAAAGGAGAACAAAGUAUAGAAAAUGAGGCAGUUCGAUCUAAAAUUACUGGUAGCUGCAGCUGUGGUGCUAAUGCUAGUGGUACAGCUGGUGCCAUUGGUACCUCUGGAGGUGCCUGUAAAAAAUACACUGAAAAGAUUAAGCAAAAAAAUGGCUUAAAUUUGUUAUUGACAUCAAAUUCCUAUUCAUCGAAAACUGAUGACUUGGCACAAUCAUGGCAAACGAGCAAUAUUAGCUCAUCGAGGUAA